AUGUCCUCUCCCCAGCAACGUCUCAGCCAGGUGGCUUCUCACUUCGGUCCCGGAGGCAAGAAAGGCGCUGCAGCCCUCACGGAGAAGAACCCCGAUGAUAUUGUUGUGACAUGUGCUCUGCGGACGGCUCUCACCAAGGGUGGAAAGGGCGGCUUCAAGGAUACCGCUGCCGCCGACCUGCUGGCAGGUGUUUUCAGGGCAGUGAUCGACCGGAGUAACAUCGACCCCAGCGUCGUUGAAGACAUCGCUGUUGGAUCGGUUCUGCCCCCUGGUGGUGGCGCUACUGAGUUCCGUGCGGCUGCGCUCGUCGCUGGAUUCCCUGAGACCGCGGCUGUGAAGAGCUUGAACCGUCAGUGUUCCAGUGGGCUUCAGGCUAUCGUUGACAUUGCCAACGCUAUUCGAUCCGGUAUGAUUGAGGUUGGUAUUGGUGCUGGCGUUGAGAGCAUGUCCUCGCAGUAUGGUCCCGGCGCCGUGACCGAAUUCUCCGAGCUGCUGGAGAGCCACCCGGAGUCCGCCAACUGCAAGGUGCCCAUGGGUGUCCUGUCGGAGCAGAUGGCCAAGGACCGGAAGAUCACGCGUGCGGCGCAGGACGCCUUUGCUGCCUCCUCCUACCAGAAGGCGGUCAAGGCGCAGAAGGCCGGGCUCUUCAACGAGGAGAUUGUCCCCCUGCAGGUGAAGUGGACCGACCCCAAGACCAACGAGGAGAAGACCAUCACCGUCAAGGCCGACGACGGGAUCCGCGACGGCAUCACCGCCGAGUCGCUGGGCAAGAUCCGGCCCGCCUUCGCCAAGGACGGCUCCAUCCACGCCGGCAACGCCUCGCAGAUCUCCGACGGCGCCGCCGCCGUGCUGCUGAUGAAGCGGUCCACCGCCGAGCGUCUCGGCCAGAAGAUCAUCGGCAAGUACGUCACCGGCAGCGUCGUGGGUGUGAAGCCCCUGCUCAUGGGCAUCGGCCCGUGGAAGGCGAUCCCCGUGGCGCUGGAGAAGGCGGGCAUCACCAAGGACGACGUCGACAUCUACGAGAUCAACGAGGCCUUCGCUUCGCAGUGCGUGUGGUGCGUCAACGAGCUGGGGCUGCCGCAGGAGAAGAUCAACCCCAAGGGUGGCGCAAUCGCUUUCGGUCACCCGCUCGGCUGCACUGGAUCCCGGCAAGUCAGCACGCUUCUGACGGAGCUGAAGCGGACCAACAAGAAGAUCGGUGUCACCAGCAUGUGUGUUGGUACGGGUAUGGGUAUGGCCGCCGUGUGGGUGGCGGAAUAA